CCAAAGCAAACUUGGCUCGAAGCAGGGAUUACGUUAGUAUAUCCCUGGCUCGAAGCAAUGAGUUACAGUGAGCAGAAGCAAAUGGAGGACAGUGAUUCAAAAGAGCCUUUGUACGAUUCCAGUUCUGUUGGUGGUCCUCUUGACGUGAAUGGAGGCAUAAUAGAGGAUAUUCCAGUGUCACUUGAUGUUUCCUCAAUACCUAUUAUAGUGCAACCUAGUUUAAGAGACUUGGUUUUCAAUUACACAGUUGAAGUGACAUCAAGUCUUAUAGCUGGCAUUGGUUUACCUAACUCAGGAAAGACGUCUGUCCUAGAGGGAGCAUUUAAAAAAUUCAUCAAUUUGAAACUGAAUGCAAAGCUGAAUCUCGAUUACUACUUGAGGAGAAAAAAGAAUGAGCAAUGUCUAACGAUAUACGAGCUUUGUGCUCUUGGAGGACCUCCUCACGAUGAAUUUGCAUGGUCUUUUGCCACCAGACAUUAUGGGGCAAUCUAUUCCAUAAUUCACAUUCUUGCCCACAGAAGAAAAGAUCUCGACUUGAAUUCGAUUUUGGCAUCGCCGAUAACAGAUCAUCCACAAAUUGAUAAGCAUAUUCAUUGGUUGCUAGGCAAAGCAUAUUCUCAAUUGGAAUCCAUUGAAGGUAACAAUGAAUCUCUUAAGCUUACUUUAAUACAGGAUGGUCUUGCUCUCCUUAAUGUAAUGGAUUUCGGUGUCAAUAAAGCUCUCCAUGGCCUUCUGCCCAUCAUGUUAUCAAUCUGUCGUAGAAAUAUUCGUCUUGUUUUCUUUUCCCUUGAUAAUGAUGUCUCAGAUUUUGAAAGAAAUCCAGAUCUAUUGGAUCCGAAAUAUGUCGAAAGACAAGAUAAGGACACUGCUAUGAGCCAGAGGUUGAGACUAAAACAACUCCUACAUUUUGCUACUCUAGGGCAUAAAAGGUCACAAAAGCGAUCUGUCCCCUUUAUUGCUACAACAAAAGAAAAUGCCUCAUCAGCUCAAGCAGAGGUGACUAUAAAGUCACAAAUGGUGAAAUUUGGUCUGAUUCCCGAAAUAAUACAUGUAAAUUUGGAAGACGAAAAUUCUGUAUUGGGCUUUGGAGAAAAUAUGCAAGAGUUUAUCAAAUAUCAAUACAAGGAGAGAACAAUCGAUAUUCCAUUUCGUUCGAUGCUUUUUCGAAGCUAUUUGGCAUCUCUAAUUCAGCAAAAAUCUACAAUCAUUUUUGAUAAAAGUUUCAUUACCAAAGAAGCAAAAUGGUUGAAUAUAGAUAUUGAAGAUUUUCUUGAAAUAUUUACCGAUUUUGGUAGCAUCUUGUACAUAGAUGUGCCACAAUUUGAAUCGCUAAGGGAAUUUGUCAUCAUUGAUGUCUGGAAGUUCACAGAAUAUCUAAAUGAAUUGUAUUAUCCUAAUCCUUCAGAGCCUCAUGCAAAAGAUUUAUAUGCCUUUGGUAUUGUAUCAGAACAGUCUGUGAGAGGUGUCUUACUUUCUGAAAAAAAUGUAAGCCGUUUCAUGCAAAUCCUUACAGAAUUUGGAAUGGCAGUUACUAUUGAAAGUGGCUCUUCAAUUAUCGUUGAGCAAGAGACCUUAGAUCCUGAUCAGCAAUAUUAUUUUUUACCAGUAGCAAGAAUCGGCAAUGCUAAAAGCAUUCCUCUUCGUGAAGAUGGUUAUGUUUUUUUCGAAAUUGAUGACAUAGCUUCUCCUCCUGAUGUACUUGCUGGCAUCACCGAAGAGUUAAUGAAGAAUAAGGAAGUGUUCAUGUUUGGAACAACAGAGCAUAAUGUUUCUCGGUUUCAGUUUAGAUCAAAAAAUGAGUAUGAAAUGGAGAUCGUAUGCGAAGGAGAUAAGGUCAAAUUAAAAGUAAAUGAUAUCAACGAAGAUACAUUUUCCAGUGCAGUUGAAGUAUGCGAGAAGUUUCUCAAGGCUUGUGUCUCCUUUUUGAAGAGAUACAAUGAUGCAAUACUCAAUUUCCAAUACGCAUUUGCAAUUCCAUGUUUUAUGGUCUCUGGGAGUCAUCAGCACUAUUAUGGUGAGGGGGAUAGUAAAGAAUCAAUGCUGUGUAAUCACUGCAGCUCUAUUUCUUACAAAAAAUGUUGGAGUGAUGCUGCACAGAAGUGUCAACAUUUGAAGCAUGAGGGGUACAAAACAUCAGAAGGUGCUACAGAGCUGCAGGUUAAAUUCAGGCAGCUUCAUGAGUACCGUGAGAGACAAAACUCUUUGCAGACUGCUAAUGAAAAGUUUCAGACAAAAAUUGAAGAAUUGAAGAGAAUAAUAGAUGAUCAAAAUAUGCAUAUAGCAAGGCUAAAAAGAAGAUCAGGAGACCAGAUACAUGAUAAAACUGAUUUUGAUUUUGACAAAGCAUCUAAAAAUAUUGAUAAUUUGAAUGGUGUUCAGAUAAUACAGAAAGAAUAUUUCUCAGUUGAAAAUGACGAGCAUUGCUCAAUCAAUUGGCAGAAGUAUGGAUUAUCAAUUGAAAUUCACAAAGGAAGCCUCUUACCAUCAAUGACAGCUGAAGUAGCAGUGAAAGUUUUUAUAGGAGGGUCUUUUGUGUUUCCAAAAAACUUUGUCCUUGUUAGUGCUGUGUAUGCUAUAUCUGUAUCCGAGCCUCUUCUCAAGCCCUUGAGCCUAUCACUGCAACAUUGCAUUGAUCUUAAAAACCACCCAACCCUCACCAAUUAUCUCAAGUUUGCUACAGUCCCUAUUACUGUUCCUGCCCCCAAUGUUCCAUACCAGUUUUCUUUAAUGGAGGGAGGCAAUUUUUCUGGCAUUUCAACAUAUGGAGUGAUUGACCACGAGAAGCUUCGUUUUUUAGUUUGCAUAGUUGGUUACAGUGAAGAAGAGGCCAUUGCAGAUAUUGAUGAUAAUGAUGACUACUCUAUGGAGGAUGAUGGAGGAGAAGAUGCCAGUAAUGGGGAAGGAGGAGAGGGUGCUGGUAAUGGGGAAGAAGGAGAGGGUGCUGGUAAUGGGGAAGGAGAGGGUGCCAGUAAUGGGGACGUAGAAGGUAGUGGUGAAGAAGGAGAGGGUGGUGAUGGUGAUAGAGAAGGAAGUAGUGGAGCCUCAGAGAGCUCUGUUACAGCUGGUUCAUCAUCUCAUGCAGAUCCAAUAUCUGAUAAAUCAAGCAAUGGGUCACCUGUUGAAAAGCAUCAUUGUGACGAUGAUCCAAAGCAACCUGCAGCUCUUAAAAAAGCUAAGAAGUAUGCCAUUGUAAUUUUUGAUGAAGAAAGUAGGAAAAAAGUGAGAAUCGCUGCUACUAAACAAUUAAAUGCUCUUCUUGAGCAUAUAAAAAGGCUUUACAAUGUUGUGGAUUUAAAUAGCACCACCUUUUAUUUUAAAAGUGGUUGUGCCUCUAUUGAACUGGUGUUUGACGACUCAAAACAAGAUCCUGAAUUUUUUAAAGGAUGGCGUGUUCAACCUUGCAUUAAACCUUGCAAAUUUUUCCAACAAUAUAUUGAUAAUUUUGGCAAAAAAGAAUUAAGCAACUCACUUCUUCCAUCUACUAUUACUAAUUUAGUUUAUGUUGCUCAUUCAGGUGAUGCUGUACCUGUACUUUUUUAUUCCAUACCAGUAGUGGGUGCAACUGACUCUCUUGUACUAACUAUUUGUGUAGAUAAAGCACCCAAUGAUCCAUAUCAACAUAAAUAUCAAAAAAGGAAAAGAAAAGGUAGUUUGCUGUCUGAUCAAGAAAUGGCUGAUGGUACAUUUGAUAGUGAAGCUGGUUGGUCUGAACCUCCUGAGAAAAAAACUAAAAUUGGAGGGUAUGAUUUAAAGACUGUCAGGAAAAAAAUUAAAAAUUCUUUGGAUAGAAAAUUAUUAGCCCUAAGGAAUGCUAGUCAGCAUUCUCUCAACAAUAUAGCUGAUAUAUUACUUGGGUACAAAAUAAUAUCUGAAGCUGUUCACAGGAGGACUGAUGGGAUUCAAAAAUUUGAUGCUAUGAUUGAUGAAUUUAAAAGCUGUUUGGAUAUGAAAGAAACAAAGAUUGAACUAUUGAAGACCUGCAAAGAGUUUUUGGCUGGAUUUUCAUGUGAAGAUGGUCCUGGUCCAUCAAAAUCAGCUUCAGAUUCAAUUAAAGAGGAUUGGAGAGAAGUGCUUAAAGAAGGUGGUGAUGAAGGCCUGACAUCAUACUUGCAGUAAACUUGAUUUAUCUACACUUGUCAUGGCAUUUUUAUGACUUUUUAACACAAGAAAUUAAUUUGCUUAACUUGGUUUUAAUGAAUUUGAUGUAUAGAGUCUAUAGUUUUUGCUUGGCCUACUAUUCAUGUUAUAAACCACAUUGAUUAUUUUUAUCAUUGGAUCUGGCCAUUGACCAAGAUCAUGUAUUGAUUAGCAACAUUCUCUAAUG